UGCGAUUAACAAACGAAAGAAGGCGCUUUAGUUGUCCAACAUUAAAAUGUCAGUUUGCUGAAGUUUUUACGCCUCGUUACCUAGCAACGCUGAAUUACCAAAUAGAGAUGGAGAAUACAGAGUUAAAUCUGUCAAACGCUCAUUUAAUUUGAGCUAACGCUAGCUAGAUAACCGUUCAACAUUGCAAAUGUAUCCGAGACACAUGAUGGCUUUUUCAGAGCCUGCUCUGAAAGAUUAUGAACUGCCACAACUAUAUAAGGCCUUAUUGACAGCUUCAUGCCUGUCAUGUCCCAACGAUCCGAUACAGUUUCUGAAAAACACUCUUAUGACACUGCAGGGACAUGAUAAUCUACAGGAUGUUGACUGGCACAAGUUUGUUGAUGAUGCAGAACAGCACACAGCAACAACCUCUCUGACAACAACUGUGGACACUGCCCACAUGGACCCAGAUGAUACUAUGUUGUCCUUUGGUCUGUUCGAGAAGGCCUAUUCGUGUUACAGGACAACUUUAACAAGCUCUUGCUUCAGGAGGUGGAAGAGGUUCGCCGCACAGAGCAAGAGGGACACCAAAGAGCUGGCGCUGAAGAUGGACAUGACAAAGAAGCAUUUUGAGAGAAAAUGCCAGCAGGCUGCACUCACCAAAUGGUUGAAUUGGGUAAAAUUGCACAAGAAGGCACAGACUGCUGCCAUCAAGAAACUUGAGAGACUUGUUAACGCUGCUCGCCUUAAGCGCAUCGUAGCUGCAUGGCAAAAUGUUGCACUGGACUCAAAGAGGACAAAAGAGUACUUCAAGAGGUUGGAGAUGGGUUUCAUUGAAAUGGAUAGCAAAGAACACCAGAUUGGGGAAGGAUGUGAUGGACUCUCAGUGCUUCCUAGCAGCCUCUCACUGAAGAUUUUUCAGUAUCUAGAAUUACGAGACUGGCUAAACUGCGCAGAGGUGUGUUGCACAUGGAAAGCCAUCAUCCAGUCAGGCACACUGUGGAGUCAGAUCAACUUCUCUGUGGAAAAAGACUGGAUAACAGACAUCACAAUGAAGCAGAUUCUUCAGAACUACCGCCCAUUUGUGAUCCAUCUCAACCUGCGUGGCUGCACGUCACUAAAAUGGUCCAGCUUGAAAUGCAUCAGUGAAUGCAGAAAUCUCCAGGAGCUCAAUGUUUCGGAGUGUUUUAACAUUACUGAUACGAUGAUUCAGAGGAUUAUUGAAGGAUGUCCCUGUCUGCUCUACUUGAAUCUUUCUUGCACGCUUGUAACAAACAAAACUCUCAGAGAACUGUCCAGAAACUGUCUCAACCUACAGUACCUGAGUCUGGCCUACUGCUACAGAUUCACAGAUAAAGGCUUUCUGUACCUGAACACAGGAAAGGGCUGCCACAAUCUCAUCCACCUCAACCUGUCCGGCUGCACUCAGAUUACAGUAAACGGGUUCAGAUACAUUUCUGCAGGAUGCCCUUCACUCAAAGAGAUUGUGAUCAAUGACAUGCCCACACUUUCAGAUAGCUGUGUCUUGGCCCUGAUUGCCAGAUGUCGAUGUCUGUCUGCCAUUUCUCUGUUUGAUGCACCUCAUCUAUCCGACAUCGCCUUCAAAGCCAUCGCUGAAGGAGCCAAACUUAAGACUUUCUGUACUGAGGGUAACAACCAAAUAACAGACCUCAGCUUGAAGGCCCUGUGCAGCAGCUCGCACAGCCUCCGCAGACUCCACGCUGCAGAGUGCCCCAGAAUAAGUGAUGCCAGCCUCAAGGCUGUGGCUGCCCUCAGGAACCUGCAACAGCUGGACAUCUCACGUUGCAACAAAGUGAGUGACAGAGGGAUUUAUUACCUGAUCGAGGGUUCCUCAUUCACCAAAUUGCGAGAGCUGAAUGUUAGUUACUGCAAUCACAUCACCGAUACAUCUGUCAUGAGGAUUGCAAAAAGGAUGUGUAAGCUGUACCAUCUCAACUUGAGUUACUGUGAGAGAUUGACUGACAUGGCUCUGGAGUGGCUGAGUGGCAGCUCUGUCCGUUCUCUUGACGUCAGUGGUUGCAACAUUCAGGAUCAGGGAUUGGCUGCCCUCGAGAGAGUUCGAUGGAAGAAGUUAUUUCUUGCCGAAUGUGUCUAUAUCACAGAUAUUGGCAUCGAGAAGCUGUGCAAGAAUGCGAGAGAUCUGGAGCAUGUUGAUGUGUCUCACUGUGUAGCUCUGUCUGAUCCGGCCAUCAGAGCCCUUUCUUUUUACUGCAGAGGUCUAGUCACACUGCGGAUGACAGGUUGUCCAAAGAUGACAGAUAUGGCAGUGCAGUAUCUGACAAGUGGAUCUCAGUACCUGCGAGAGCUUGAUGUGAGCGGCUGUGUUCUCCUCACAGAUCGCACUCUCCGACACUUAGAGAGGAUCUGUCCUCCACUCUGCUCCAUCACCAUGGCCUGCUGCAGUGGCAUCUCAAAGUUGGCCGCUUUAAAGCUACAGCCACAUGUGCAGUACUGGGAGCACAGCAAUGAUGACCCUCCCUACUGGUUUGGAUACAACAGAGGCCAAAUAGCACAUCCAAUCACAAGACCAGUCAAGACUGGCGAGAUUUGGGGAGGGGAGGAGCAGCACUCAAUGAUGACAAGAGCAGCAAGUACAGAGAGGACAUAAACACAUUUAAAUAACUCAGGACAACUAAUGCACACAAUGUGUUUGACAAUCACAGCAGAAAUGAUUUUUGGGAUAUUGUAUACUUUAUAUCAUAAUAUAUUAAGAGCAUCAUUAAGCAUCUUUAGCACAAUACAUUUGAAAUAAUCCACACAAAAAUGAAUCACAUCUUCACAUUUAGUCUUUGUUUAAAUAUACAAGACUUAAGCAGGACAACAAGACUUAUACAAGACAAGGCUAAAAUCUCAAAUCACUGGUUUAUAAUUAAGUCUCAGCUGUCUUCUGUGUAUACAGGCUUUACUAUUUCAGCCUUCUCCCUGGUUUUCAAUCAUACAGUGUUUGUUGACCUUUGAAAAUCUUUUAAUACGGCAAAUCAUUCUUGUUUUUACAUAAAUUAUCCAUUCAUUGGUCUUGAUUUUGCAAGUUUCUCAUGGUUCAAGAACUUUCUCUCUGAUAGAUACAAGUGUGUUAAAAUGUGUAAUAUCCAUUCCUCAGGGGUCUGUUUUGGGUCAUUUACUGUUUAUAUGAAUGUUAUGCUAUUGUUUCAAGUAAUUUAGUACAUUUGACAUUUUUUUUUUAAUUAUUUACUUUUUU